GUGAGAGUCUCUUUCUCGUUGGGACAUAGAGAUGGAUUCAGGAAAAGGAGAAGUUGCUCAAGAGGUUCUGCCUUACCUCAGAGUAUACAAAGAUGGAACCGUUGAACGGCUUGCGGGGAUUGAAGUUGCCCCAGCGGGUUUGGAUCCUGAAACGGGUGUUUUCUCCAAAGACAUGGUCAUCAUACCGGAGACCGGAGUCUCCGCCAGGCUGUACCGCCCCAGCCUCGCCCCAAACAACCGGAAACUGCCGCUUGUGGUCUACUUCCACGGCGGAGCAUUCUGCAUAUCUUCAGUUGCGGAUCCUUUUUACCACAACUCGUUAAAAAGAUUAGUUUCCGAAGCCAACGUCAUCCUUGUCUCCGUUGGUUACAGACUGGCGCCGGAAAACCCUCUUCCGGCCGCCUACGACGACUCUUGGGCGGCGCUGCAGUGGGUGGCCACCCAUUCCGGCGGAGAUGGCACCGAGCCUUGGAUCAAAAACGACGUCGAUUUCGGGAAAGUGUUCUUGGCCGGAGACAGCGCCGGGGCAAAUAUGGCCCACCACUUCGCAAUCAGGCAGGCCGGCGCUGCCCGGAUUAAAGAUCUGGACAUUCACGGUAUUUUAAUGAUCCAUCCUUACUUCUGGGGGAAAAAACAACUUGGUUCCGAAGAGAAAGACCAAGCCAGAAAAGCCAUGGUGGACUGCUGGUGGAAAUUUGUCUGCCCGUCGGAGAAAGGAAACGACGACCCGUUAAUCAACCCGUUUGUAGAGGGAAGCCCGAGCCUUUCGGGUUUGGCUUGCGGGCGGGUAAUUGUUUGUGUUGCAGAGAAGGAUAUACUGAGAGAGAGAGGAAAGCUGUACUACGAAUCGUUGGUGAAAAGUGGAUGGAAAGGGGCGGCGGAGAUGGCGGAAACCGAAGGGGAAGAUCACGUGUUUCAUAUAUUCAAUCCGCUUUCUGAGAAGGCUGUGAAGAUGAUCAAACGCCUGGCAUCCUUCAUAAACAAAGAGCAGGGACAUUAAUGGCAAUUCUGGGUUGUUUCUGUGUUUCUGGUAUCUCUAUUUUGUUCUCCUUCUCGUGUUUUUUUUGUUUGUUUUUGGUCUGUUUAUGGCAUAAAAAGUGAAUGAAUCUAAUGGGAACAGAACAGUGUCUCUGUUUGUUGGGAGAAAGUGAUAUGAUGUCUUUUCAAAUGAACUUUGGUUGGACUGGUAUGUUAAUCCA